AAAGUGAGAGAGGGGACAGGGACUCAUUUUGUGGGCUAGAGGAGUAGAGGGGGACGAGCACAGAAUGAGGAACGUUCUAUUGGCAUUCGUACUGGCAGCCCUUUCAUCUGCUGCAGCAAAGUCCAUAAGCCGCUUUACACAGUACCGUUCCUGGAAUUCCCAGAUGUACCCCAUGUGGAAAGAUGGGGACCCCCGGAACAGAAACAUCUGGAGAGGCGGUGACGUGACGUUCGCCGUCAGCAACGACGCGCCCACGCUGACGGGCGCGAAGACCACUUUCUGCAUCGAGAUCCACUUCCCGCCGAGCCAGACGGUGUUGGCUGACGGCCGCGUGGUGUGGGCGGAGAACGGCGUACUUAACGGUACACGCUAUCGACAGUCUCAGGCCGUGUAUCCGGAGACCGACACGUCGGACGGCUGGAACGGCGUCUUUCCAGACGGGACGUCCUUCAACAGCGUCUCCGGCAAGAAGCCGCACUACGUGUACGUGUGGAAGACAUGGGGACAGUACUGGCAGGUUGCGGACGGGCCCUCCUCCUCUCUGACCAUCGGCACAGAUGACGUUCCUCUGGGCUCCUACAACAUGGAGGUGGUCGUCUACCACCUCCGCAGCAAGGAGAAGUUCAUCCCCCUGGGAUAUGCCUGCACGCAGUUCUCCAUCACGGACCAAAUCCCCUUUUCUAUGUCGCUCUCUCAGGUGAACGACGUCAACGUGGCCGACCAGAGCUUUGUGCAGAACCGCGCCAUCACCUUCAGCGUCAGCCUGCACGACCCCAGCCAGUACCUGAGUGACGCCGACGUCACCUUCAACUGGGACUUCGGCGACAGCAGCGGCACGCUGAUCUCCCGCGAGCUCACCGUCACCCACACCUACACCUCCGCUGGCUCCUACCAGCCCCAGCUGGUCCUGCAGGCCGCCAUCCCCAAACCGGGCUGCGCCACACCCGCCAACGUCCCGACCGCGGCCAAUCCCACCCCUGCCCCGGUCACCUCCGUGCCCCUUGGUCCCCCCGUUGGUAGGAGCACCACAGAUGGGCGGAUUGAGACCUCUGAAGCUCCGGUGAUGGGAUCCACCCCAGGAGCCGCCUCUGCUGCCACACCCACGGGAGGGCAGGCUUCCCUCAGCCCUGUUGCCACUGAGGCUAAAACCGCUAACCGGGCUAAAGCCGCUAACAGGGCUAAAACCUCUAAUGGGGCUGUCUUAGGAGCAGUGGGAGCAGCAGGGGAGGCCGCCUUGGCGGUGGAGAUGGAGAAGAAGGGGGACCGGGCCAAGGUGGGAGCUCAGGCAUCUGUGGUGAUGGCCAGGCGGCAGGCCCCUGCUGGACCCACAGACGCCGACUGCGUCAUUUACCGCUAUGGGUCCUUCUCCGCUAACCUGAACAUCGUCCCGGGCAUUGAGAAUGUGGAGAUAGUUCAGAUGGACAAUGUCAUCAUAGAGGCUGAGGUGCAACAAAAUGCGGUAGAUCUCACAAUCAUCUGUCAAGGAAGCCUGCCGACGCAGGUGUGCACGGUUGUGCUGGACACGGACUGCAUUGUGCCGGUACACACCACGUGCAACUCGGUCAUGCCAACUGCAGAGUGUCAGAUGGUCUUGCGUCAGUUCUUCAACGACUCCGGCGUCUUCUGCAUCAACGUGUCCGUGACUGAUGAUGUCAGUCUGGCGGUCACCAGCGCCAGAGUCAGCGUGACCAUGGCAUCGGGCUUCACCAUCAGUGCCAUGGCAACUGCACUGGGCAUGAUGAUCCUUGGGGUUGCCAUAUGUGCAAUGGCUUUCACCUACAGGCACUUAAAGGACUACCAUCCACUGAGAGAGGACCUAGCUGUUAAGUCCUCACUGAGCACUAGACGGGCCUCUGCUGCUGCUCUGAUAUGGAAGCUGCUGGCCGAUCAGACUGUUGGAGAGAAGGGCCGUCCCCUGCUUCCAGGCUGAACACUCUGACCUUGAUGAGAAUCAAGACACGGACACACACACAUAAACACACGCACACAUACAGAAAUACGGACACACACAGACAGGCACAACCACACAUACACACAGUCAAACACAGGCACCCACCCACACACACACACACACACACACGCACACAACCACACAUACAUACACCGGCACCCACACACACACUGCACACCUACACAAACACACACACACAAACACAGGCACACACAAACAUAUUUGCACUCAACUGCCAAAUAUGCCUCCUAAUUUUGAAUGUUGAUUCCCAUUUCCCCUUUUACCAGAAGCAAUUAAAAACUGGAAAUGCAUCUACAGAUCCCAUAAAACAGGGUUUCAGGCCAGAUCAAGGAAAGUUAUUUCUGUGAUUUUUAGUUUUUGGCACUAUUUUUAAUAUAAAAUAUUGCUAACAUUCCAAACCUUAUCUGACCCAAAAAUAUACAUUUAUAAAUUUGACAGAGUUUACAGAAAUUAUGCAGCUUUGUGUUUCCCACCUGAUUUAUAACUGUAUAAUUUUCUAGUUUGUAGCUGUUUCAUGAAUGUGACAGGCUGUCUCACAGUAGCACCCUCUACAGUGUUUGUGAUACUGUCGUUUUUUAAAUUAUCUCCAAAUAUGGGCCUGUUUUUUUUUUUUUUUUUUUUUAGCACAACAUACUCUUUUCAGUGUUCUAUCCCUUCAUUCUUUUUCUAAUAAAAGUCUCCGUUUUUUGUUAUUGUUAA